AUGGUGCCGUCAAUAGUCCGGAAAGUUUUGCUGGCCUGCCACGUCAUCUUGGACAUUUCCUGGAGCAUCGGAUCCCUCGGAUUCUACUCGCCGUCAUGGCACUUCGACCCGCAAAAGAUCAUACAGACGUUCAAGAUCAACGGCUACUCGUAUUGGGACUCGCCCCUGGACUACGUGGCACUCUGCCUGUUACGUCAUGUUUCGCUGCUGUUCGCCAUCAUUAUGGUGCAUCGGACGAAGACGAAACGGCUGAAGAAGUUGAUGUUGGGAUACGAUAUCCUCGCAAUCGUCGGCUACAUGUUCGCCGUCGUCAAACUUCUGGCGUUCGACGAGCAGCCAGAACUGAUGAAGUGUCCGGGAGUCUAUCUGAGCACUGGAUCCGCAAUUCUGCUCUCUUUCACACUUCCAUUCGCCAUUCGGAAGACGUUGUUGGUGAAGAAGACGGAGGAGGUUGCGUACGAACGGCUGGCCAGUGAGAGCCAGGAGAAUACGAAUGUGGAAAAUGGUGAGUGGGUUGAGGUGUCGGCUGAACUAAACUAGAUCUUCUAGGAACAACGGAUGCUCCAGCCGCCGCGACCGCCUCUGAUUCGACGUCUAGCACUGAGGAGGAGAAAAAGGAGGACGAAGACGCCGUCUCGAAAGAGGAAAAAGAGAAGAGGCUUCCGUUGAAAACGCACAUCUGGCAGAUUAUGAAGCUGUGCGGGAAGCAGUGGAAGUGGUUCGUCACCUCCUACUCACUCCUCCUUAUCACUUGUGCCUGUAAGUCUUUAGAUUUUCUCAUUCUGACCCAUCUCAAUUGAUGUGUUUGCAGUGAACCUCAUCGAACCGGCGCUCUACAGUCAGAUGAUGUCGGAUGCGAUUCAGAUGAGAUCGUUCGCCGUGCUCAAAAAGGCGUGCGUCGUCCUCGCGAUUGUUCAAUUCGCCGAAGCUACCUCCUCGACCCUGAAGUACACGUGCAUGCAGUACGCGGAACGAUUGACCGCCCGUCAGAUCCGAGUGGGUCUCUUCCGGGCGAUCCUUCAUCAGGACAUCUCGUUCUUCGACGAGAACAAGACGGGACAGCUCAUGUCCAGAAUUACUCACGACUCGGAUUCGAUUUCGAACUCGCUGCCCGGCUACAUCGAGACGUUCACCACGAAUCUGAUCAACGUCUGCGGCUCCGCGCCCAUCAUGUUCUACUACUCGUGGCAGCUAUCCAUCAGCACCUUCAUCACGUUCCCGAUCACACUCAUGCUCACCAAAUACUACGGUCUUUUCGUGGAGAAGCUGUCCGAGAAGGAGAACGACGCGACCGCCGUUUCCAACGAAACCGUCGAAGAGGUGCUUUCGGCGAUCCGCACGGUCCGCUCGUUCGCAGCCGAGAAACUGGAGAACGCGAGAUACGCGAAAAACACGGACGCGUGGUUCAAGAUCAGCAUGAAGAGUGUCGUCGUCGGGACGCUUUACAACUACUGCUGGCAGAUGAUCUGGAACGUCGAGGACAUCUUCGUCUACCUGUACGGCGGCUAUUUGACUCUGAACGGAAGGAUGGCUCCCGACGCCCUCCUCACCUACAUCUUCUACCACUGGCGCCUGCAUUCCGCGUUGAAUGUGAGUCAUCAUCAUGCCCAAAUCCAGAUUAAUGCUUGACCAUUUCAGAGCUUCAGUUCUCUCUUCUCCGAUCUCAUGAAGACGAUCGGAUCGUCCCGCAAAGUGAUCUAUCUCCUGAACCGGACGCCGAUUCUCGACUACGAGCAGGGCACGGAAACUCCAGAAGUCGUCGGACACAUUGUCUUUGAAGACGUCGAGUUCGCGUAUCCGACGAGGAAGAACGCGAACGUCCUCCAGGGGAUCAACUUAUCGAUCGAACCUGGAAAGACUGUCGCUUUAGUUGGACCGAGCGGGAACGGAAAGUCGACGCUCGUAUCGCUCAUCGAGCUGUUCUACGCCCCUCAAUCCGGAAGAGUCUUGCUCGACGGAACGCCCGUUCAGAACUUUGACCACCAAUAUUAUCACACGAAGAUCGCGCUCGUGGCCCAGGAACCGACUCUCUUCUCGGGAACCAUCCGGGACAAUAUUCUGUACGGAAUCGAGGACGGAACGGACGAGGAUCUGAUGAGGGUGGCCGAGAUGGCGAACGUGCACGAGUUCGUGUCAAAAAUGGAGAAGGGGUACGAUACAAAGUGCGGCGAGAAGGGGGUUCAGAUGUCGGGCGGCCAGAAGCAGCGAAUCGCCAUCGCCCGUGCACUCAUCCGCGAUCCGCGAGUGCUGAUCCUCGACGAAGCGACGUCCGCGCUCGACGCCGAGUCGGAGUCGAUGGUGCAGGAGGCACUGAACCGGUGCGCCCGCGAACGGACCGUCGUCGUCAUUGCGCACCGCCUCUCUACCGUCAAAAACGCGGAUCGGAUUGCCGUCAUCGAGAAGGGACUUGUGAAGGAGAUCGGCUCGCACGACGAGUUGAUGGACAACGAGGACGGGCUGUACUACAAACUGGUGAGCAAACAGUUGGAGCCGAAGAAGAAGGAAGAGGAGAAGGCCGCCGUCGACUUUUUCUGA